AUGCCUCGAAAACCAGCACGUGUAAGAGUUUACAGCCCAGUUUUUGCAGUGAAAAGAGACGCAGGCCAUGAUAAAGGAAGGUUGGUCGAUGAAAACAUGAUUGUUCUUAGAAUGAGAAUUCAUCAAAUGAAGAUGGCAGAGGGAAAUCACGCGCCGCCGCCGCCGAAUUGGAUGGAGUGGGAGAAGAAAUGGUACGUCAAUUAUGAUUCAGAUGUAUUUGAAGCAGUAGGGCUGUUGCAAAAUUUGCUGAUGGACAGUAGGCCAAGCUUUGUUGUGGGAGGGGUGGCUCUCAUGAUAUUGAGCGGAUCUACUUCUUUGGCUCUUCUAAUGUUCCUUUUGGUGGACAUUUUCAAGGGGAUUCAUUUUUGA